UCACUCCCAGUGAUACACUGAUAGAAAAAAAAUUGUGUGUGUCAAAGAAAGAACCUCAGCACCAAAACAUCAGCCUCAUUUGGGUUUUUUUUCCCCAACUUGGAGUUUUUAAAUUCAUACUUGGAUUUGAUUUGAUUUUCCUCUUGUGGUAUUUUUGCUCUUGAUUUGAAACAUGGCCAAUGCUGGAAUACAACUGCUUGGCUUCUCACUGGCCUUCGUGGGCUUCAUUGGCUCCAUCGCAUCCACUAUCAUGGUGGAGUGGAAGGCUUCAUCCUACGCGGGAGACAACAUCGUUACAGCUCAGGCACUUUAUGAAGGCCUCUGGAAAACCUGUGCAUGGCAGAGCACGGGCCAAGUUCAGUGUAAAGUAUAUGAUUCAAUUCUCCAACUACCAGCCAUUGUUUUGGGCACACGAGGACUGAUGCUGACGGCCAUCUUUCUCUGCUUGAUUGCCCUCUUGGUGGCAAUGGUGGGCAUGAAGUGCACCACGUGUUUGGCAGAACAGCCGGAGCAGAAAGCCAAAGUGGCUUUAACAAGCGGAAUCAUCUUGAUUAUUGCAGGCCUCCUGGCCCUGGUGGGAACAUCUUGGUACGGCCACAGAAUAGCUCAAGACUUUUACAACCCGUUCACACCAACCAACGCAAGGUACGAAUUUGGAAGUGCCCUCUUUGUGGGAUGGGGCGCUGCGAUCCUCAUCAUUAUCGGAGGAGGCUUCUUGUGCUGCAACUGCCCCAAACAGGACUCAGGGAAAGCUCCACGCUACCCACGAACCAACGCAGCCAGCAACUCGGGCAAAGACUACGUGUAGGCUGUCUUUCUCACCAGAAAUAAACAGGCCAUUGGAGGUUGUUAUGUAGGAUUUAUUGUGCAAAAUGUACAGGAUAUUGGCUUUGUUAAAUGUUGCUUAGUCGUACUAUUAUAUCUAUCUAUCUAUCUAUCUAAUUAGCUAGCUAGCUAUCUAGCUGGCCAACUAGAUAGCUCUCUCUCUCUCUCUCUCUCUCUAUUAGGGCUGGGCUAUUAAACAAAAUGUAAUCGUGAUUUUGGUUUUUCUCAAUCUUUAAAACGGUAUAAUAAAAGAAAAAUGAUUGUGUCGUCUAUGCGAUUCUGCCGUCCGUGAGCAUGCUUUAAGCUGUUUAAUGAAACCCCAGUCGGAGUUUACUGUAAAACUAAACACACAACAAAAAGAAUUACUCACAUUGUAGAUUUAAACACAAAAUAUGCUACUGCUAAUGCUCAAGUCAGUGUAAAAUCCCAAUGACACGCUAAUGGGAAAUUAGCAUCGACUUCAAGGGUGAUAUUCCUUCAAAAUAGCAUACAAAAUCUGUGGGAAUACAUUAACACUACUCAAAGGCACACAUUCUUCCUAUUUGUGAAAAACAAGUUGUAUUAAUAAAGCUCAAUCACAUAUUUCUU